UACACGGCACUGUACGUACGUGCCAAGUCGUGCCGUCUCUCAACCAUCAUCCAUCGUGCGUCGGCCGCAUUUGGCUAGAGACUCUUGCGCUCUCCAUUGUCGAAUGCAAUUCCCUUCUUUGCUGCCCCCCUUCUUUAUUUACUUACUCUCGUAUACAUUGUGGUGCUGCGUGGCUGGUCUCGUCCUUUUGUUCAACGACGACUCUUGCUGGCGCUCUACUCUAAUAUAUUCCUCGUGGCCUCAGCCUCCGUCUCCCUCAUUUACACAUAUAACAUCGCGGCCUGGCUCGCUUAUCUCGACUCAUCCCCACCGCGCACCCACCGACUGCUGCCGCCGCCACAGCAAAUCAAGGCCCCGCGAAAAGCUCCCUCAUCCUCGUCUCAUUCUCCUCGCUGGCGGUGCUAGGCAAACGGCCGUCUGACCAGAGUACCGCCCCGAGUCCCCCUCGCUAAUGCCGCCAGGUAUCCGCCGCUGGCCCCGGUACCUGGCUCGCCAUACACCCCCCGCUGGCCCCGGCCUGUACACCACCUCGGCGCCUGUACCUGCCUGCCAUCCCCAGCGCCGCCCCAGGAUACCUGCCUGCUACCGGGAGUCGCAGCGGUGGAGACGGGCCUGGAGCAUCCACCCAAGCAGCCCAAGCCAUUGAUCUGGGCCAGGCCCAUCUUCCGGCUUAGCACCAACGCCUGGUUGCUGGCUUGUACUUGCUUGUACUACAUCCGCAGUCUCUGUCUCGACAGCGCCUCCAGCCGUAACAAGCUGGGCCGGUGCUUCUCACAUGCGCGGCCCCCUCUCUGGUCGACUAUAACAUCUCGGCCUUGCCCCCCUUCAGACGUCCGUCCUGCUCCUCUGCACCUGCAAUUGAGAAGCUGCUCGCCCACAGGGAGCUGCGUCGUCGACUAGACCUGCUUUGCUUUGCUUGUUCGCUCUUGUCGAUACUCCCGGCUGGCCUCCUCCCGGCUUCCUCCUGGCUUCCUCCCGCCUCUGCAGGUCACUCACUCUGACUGACUCUCUCGACUCUGUCUCCCGCCCUCUCUUCCCGCUGUCUCUUGCUGCCAGUACACACAUCCCACCCACUCUCGCUUUGGUCUUGCCUGACAACAACAAGAACAACGCCAACCAAUCCGUCUCCGCCCAGUUUGCUCUCUACACAUACACUUUCGAGAAAUCGAAACAGAAAGGCAAAAGCCAAAAAAAAAAAGCCAAAAA